CUGCCUGUGGGAGGGGAGAGAGAGUGAGAGAGCACAAGAGCACACCAGGUACUUGCCAGGUUUCAUCACACUUUGAAUGAUUUUGACAUAAUGACAGCUGAGGAUUCCACUGCUAGGAUGAGUAACGACUCCUCCAACAUGUCUACAACCAAAGUUCCCGAAGGUGUUGCUGGUGCACCUAAUGAGGCUGCUCUGUUGGCACUCAUGGAGCGUACUGGAUAUACCAUGAUUCAAGAGAAUGGGCAGCGCAAGUAUGGCGGGCCACCACCUGGCUGGGAGGGGUUGCACCCUCCUCGUGGCUGUGAAGUCUUUGUUGGUAAAAUUCCCCGUGAUGUGUACGAAGACGAGCUAGUGCCUGUGUUUGAGUCCGUAGGACGUAUCUAUGAAAUGCGCCUGAUGAUGGACUUUGAUGGGAAAAAUCGGGGCUAUGCUUUUGUUAUGUACACACACAAGCACGAAGCCAAACGUGCCGUCAGAGAACUGAACAACUACGAAAUCCGUCCUGGUAGGCUUCUAGGUGUUUGCUGCAGUGUGGAUAACUGUAGGCUGUUCAUUGGAGGUAUACCCAAGAUGAAGAAGAGAGAGGAAAUACUAGAAGAGAUCUCCAAGGUGACAGAGGGCGUGCUAGAUGUCAUUGUGUAUGCGAGUGCAGCAGACAAGAUGAAAAAUAGAGGCUUCGCCUUUGUGGAGUAUGAAAGCCAUCGAGCGGCCGCAAUGGCGAGGAGAAAGCUGAUGCCUGGGAGAAUCCAACUGUGGGGCCACCAGAUUGCUGUUGAUUGGGCAGAACCAGAGAUAGAUGUUGAUGAAGAUGUAAUGGAGACUGUUAAAAUCCUGUAUGUGAGGAAUUUAAUGAUUGAAACCACAGAGGAUACAAUUAAAAAGAUCUUUGGCCAGUUUAACCCUGGCUGCGUAGAACGGGUUAAAAAAAUACGCGAUUAUGCCUUUGUGCACUUUACAAGUAGGGAAGACGCAGUUCACGCCAUGAACAACCUCAAUGGCACUGAACUUGAAGGCUCAUGCCUGGAAGUUACCUUGGCCAAACCAGUAGACAAAGAGCAGUACACUCGUUAUCAGAAAGCAGCUAAAGGAGGAGCAACAACAACAACAGAAGUAACUCAGCAACCCAACUAUGUUUACUCUUGCGAUCCAUACACACUAGCGUAUUAUGGAUAUCCAUACAAUGCUCUCAUCGGUCCCAAUCGAGAUUACUUUGUGAAAGCAGGCAGCAUAAGAGGCAGAGGGCGAGGUGCAGCUGGCAACAGAGCCCCUGGCCCCAGAGGCUCUUAUCUGGGGGGAUAUUCUGCAGGCCGUGGCAUAUAUAGCAGAUACCACGAAGGGAAAGGAAAACAGCAAGAAAAAGGAUAUGAGCUUGUACCCAAUUUGGAGUUGUCUGCUGUCAAUCCAGUUACCAUUAAACCUGGUGCAGUGGCAAUCCCUGCUAUUGGAGCCCAGUACUCCAUGUUUCAGGCAGCUCCAGCAGCCAAGAUGAUGGAAGAUGGCAAAAUCCACGCAGUGGAACAUAUGAUCAAUCCCAUUGCUGUCCAGCAGGAUCCAGCUAGUGUGGCGGCAGCAGCGGCAGCAGCAGCAGCAGCUGUUAUACCUGCAGUUUCAACCCCUCCACCUUUUCAGGGUCGCCCCAUAACUCCAGUGUACACCAUGGCUCCAAAUAUUCAGAGAAUUCCUGCUGCAGGGAUUUAUGGUGCAAGUUAUGUUCCGUUUGCAGCUCCUGCUGCAACAACAGCAACUAUAGCCACACUACAGAAGAACGCAGCAGCAGCUGCAGCAGCAGCAGCAGCUUAUGGAGGAUAUGCCGGGUAUAUACCUCAGGCAUUUCCUACUGCAACAAUCCAGGUUCCAAUACAUGAUGUCUACCAGACAUACUGAGACUAUC